AUGGACCACUUUAAAGAACGCACACCACCACCACUUAGAACGGACUUAUUAACCAAAUUUAAACAAAUGAUAAUAGCACUUCCAAACACCGCCAUUGUCCUCGGAGACAAAUUUGAUGACAUUUUUUCAACAACAUCGCUUGAAGUCUUUUUGACAAAACUUAAGGUCGUCUUCGCAGAUUUUGUCAACGACAAAACAGUCGAAGAAGCAAAACGGAAGGAGAUCAUCAGUUCGUUUGAGUUUUAUUCAGAUAGACUUCUCGAUUUAUACACCCUUUCUUACGAAGGGAAUGAAGAGGAAAUGAAAAAUUAUAGCCAUUUGGCACUUGGGAGACUUCCAAAAAAGGAGGAAUUAAUGAAAUCCAUGGACUCGACUAAAAGUGAGGGGAAUGGAGGGAAGGAAACACUCCCAUCAUUACCAUCUUUGCUUCUCAAAAAGAUAUCAGAGGCUGACUCGACAACUUUGAAGAAGGUUGUUGAUGCGGUGUCGCCAAACAACUCAUCGUGGAAUUGUCAAAUAUUUUUGGAUGACCUUAGCGGCGAGGCGAUGGAUAAGUUGGUGGAACUUUUUGAAAUCACCCCGACGCAGUAUUGCUGUUCAAAGACGGAAUAA